AUGUCCACCAAAAGCAGUCCGAUCCCGUUUGCAGAGCCCAGCUACCUCCGCGGCCUGCCAUCGCCAUACUUUCAGAAAACACACCUCGACUUCCAACAGCGAUGCCGCGCCUUCUUCAACGAGCAUUUCCUGCCGUACGUCCUCGAGUGGGAGACGGCAGGCACGGUCCCGGAACACGUCUGGACGCUCUUCAACAAGCACAACAUGCUCCUGCCCAAUCUCAAGUCGCCCUUACCGGUCAAAUGGUUGAGGAGACUCGGACUGAACGACAUCCUCGGCGUCCCCGUCGAGGAGUGGGACUACCUGCACACGGCGAUCUGGGUGGACGAGCGGGCACGCGCAGGUAUCUCGGGCCCCAGCGCGAGUUUGACGCCCGGGUUCGCGUAUGCGAUCCCCCCGAUUCUGAAUUUCGGGUCUGAGGCGCUGAAGGAGAAAUUUUUGCCCUUGCUUCUGCCGGGCCAUGCGCGCGCGUGUAUUGCGAUCACGGAACCGCAGGCCGGUUCGGACGUGGCGAAUAUUCAGACGACGGCGGUGAAGUCGAAGGAUGGUAAGUACUACGUGAUUAAUGGGGAGAAGAAGUGGAUUACGAACGGCAUAUGGUCGGAUUAUGCUACGAUGGUGGUGAGGACCGGUGGGCCUGGACCAACGGGCAUCAGUCUUGUGGUGGUGCCGUUAAAAAACCAGCCCGGGGUGACGAUGCGCCGGUUGCAGGUCAGUGGGCAGCAGGCGGGAGGUACCACUUAUAUCGAGUUGGAUGAUGUCAAGGUACCCGUGGAGAAUCUAGUGGGCAAGGAGGGUCAAGGUAUGAAGUAUACCAUGACCAAUUUCAACCACGAGCGUUUCUUGAUAUCCUGUGGCGUCACGCGACAAGCUCGCGUGGCACUGUCGACGGCAGUGGAGUAUGCAAUGAAGAGAGAAGCGUUCGGUAAGACGCUGAUGGACCAGCCUGUCGUGCGCCAUCGGAUCGCGAAAGCAGCCGCGGAUCUGGAGACCUUGCAGUCCUGGAUAUUUGAGUUCGUGUACCAGCUAAAUCACCUGUCGAAAGAACAGGCGGAUGAGAAACUCGGAGGACUCACCUCGCUGCUGAAAGCAAAGGCAGGAAUGGUGUUCAACGACUGUGCUCAAACGGCCGUCUUGAUCUUUGGCGGGAAUGGGUAUACGAGAACUGGCCAGGGCGAACUGGUCGAGAAACUGUAUCGAGAUGUCAUGGGUGCUAGGAUCCCUGGAGGAAGUGAGGAUGUUUUGCUGGAUCUGGCGGUUCGUCUGUUGGUUAAGGACUUCAAGAAGCAAGCGAGAGUGGCGGACACCAAGUUGUGA